AUGAUGUGUCCAAUACCAAUAAAUUGUUUCAGAAUAUACCGCGACAGUAUGACGGCGGCGACGGCCAUAGUUCUACUCCUUCUCCCAAUAUUAACGCUGGCUAACAUAGAGAUUGACGUCAUAGCUUCAGACGAAACGGGGCAACAGAACAUCAUCGCUAUAGGAACCAAUGAAGCGAUAAUAAGUGACCUUGAAGUCCAAACAUUUCAAUUGACCGACGAAAAUUUGAAAAACGCAGUCAAAAAUCAUUUUGGGGUCAAACCGGACGAUGUGUUCGUCAAAAGUCCGACGCCUUGGGGGGAUUUAUACGUCCUUAAUGAAUGGGAACAGGUAUCGAGGAUCCUAAAGCCGGUUGAAUCAAAGAUUUUGUCAGUCGACUUCAAGCCGUUCAUGGUAUUCAGUCAGUCUUUGAACAAUACGAGUACCAAGCCAACGGUCUUCAAAGCUCACAUUUCGCAAAACGUCGAAGAUACUGUCUCUUCUGUUUGGGAGAAGUAUACCGAAAUAUCGGCGUCGAAAGACAUUAAAUACGGUUUCGAUAUUAAAGCUAUGGGGGUUUCUGGAAAUGCGGCUUUUUCAUUUUACUCGAAAUGGGGGGAAUCUGUUUUGAAAUUUGAAAGGGUGACAGUUGGUUCACAAACUGGGUUAGAUAUAUAUUUGAAAGCAGGUCAGAGUGUGGUCGCCGACCUAAUAGCGACAAGAGGAACAAUGAAGAUCCAAGUUAACUACGCAGCCAGUUUAACGGGAACCGUGGCGGUGAACUACGCUGAUACGUUCAAGGGUCAUCAUUUCUGGUCGGUGGAUGUCAAUAGGAUGUUGCAAGCUGGGGGUCUGAAUAAAACGGUUUUGUCGACUGAACUCAUAGAAUUUGCUUUCUAUGUCAAGUCUCGCGUUGACCUCCGGGAUGUAGAUACUAAUGAGACGCUUAUGACAGUCCCUUUGAAUGUAUUUUGA